CCAGUAACCCCGGAGGAAGCGGGAGAAACUCGGUGCAUGCUCAGAGACACGCGUGUCCUUCAAGGAAGCCUCCUCCGGGCCACGCACGCACGCCUGCCUUUCUGUGGCAACGCUGCGCUUCUUGCAACAGUUGCCGGGCGAGCCAGCAUCCUCCCGCGCCCCGGGGUGCGCGGAGACGCGGCGGCUGGGCUGGGGAAGCGCGGGGCGGAGCCGGCAAGCAGGAGGAGGAGGAGGAGGAGGAAGCGGCCCGGCGGGCGAUUGCCUGCUGUCGACCUGCCCCUCCGAGCCGUCGCGUCACGCGGGGCUGGGUCUCGGAGCGCGGCGGCGGCGGCGGCCUCCCAGCUCAGCCGUGGCCAGCAAGCGAGGCGGGGGCCAUGGAGCCCGGGCGGGAUGCUCCUCGCCUGCCCGCGCCGCUGUGAUCCUCGCCCGCCCCCGCCGCAGCCCGGCGGCCGAGGCGCAGCGCGGAGAGCGGCCCGCCAUGGACGCGGCGUCUGCAGAGCCGCGGCCCCCGGGCGCGCUGGGACCGCUGGCGGCGCUCUGCUUGGUGAAUCUCUUCCUGACUGGGAAAAUUGAGACUGCGGUCCCUUCCUUAGCCGCUUGUAGUGGAAAACCAGAGCAGCAUACAGAACGGCGAGGGGUCCUCUAUAGCCCUUCCUGGCCACUCAACUAUCUUCCAGCUAUGAACUGCAGCUGGUACAUCCAAGGAGACCGUGGCGAUGUCAUAACUAUUAGUUUUAAGAACUUUGAUGUGGAGGACUCUCCCAAAUGUUCCAUAGACUGGUUGAUGAUGGGUCCUUCUUCCAAAGGGGAGGAAUACAAAGUCUGUGGAUCUUUUAUCCCUCCUUCGUUCAUCUCUGCCAGGGACCACAUCUGGAUCUUUUUCCACUCAGAUCCAUCAAGUUCAGGGCAGUCUCAGGGAUUCCGCCUUUCUUACAUUCGAGGAAGGAUUGGCCAAGCCAGCUGCCAGUCGGAUGAAUUCCACUGUUUCAAUGGCAAAUGCAUCCCCACCACUUGGAAAUGCAAUUCCAUGGACGAAUGUGGCGAUAAUUCUGACGAGAAAAACUGCAGCCUCCCCCCAUCGGAGCCCCAGUCCAACAUCUGCCCUUCGGGGACGUUCCAGUGCAACUUCGCCCAUUCCACCAAGUGCUUGCUGAACGAGCUGAAAUGCAACACCGUGAAGGACUGCAUUGAUGGCUCCGACGAAGAGAAUUGUCCCAAUCUGUCCUGCGGCAAUAAGCUGAGCAAUUUCUACGGGUCGUUUGCGUCGCCAGAUUUGUUCCGCCUGGACCGGAGUCGGGCCGAUCUCUGUUGCACGUGGCAGGUGGACACCCAAGAUAACCGCCACGUCCUUCUGCAGCUCAGCUUGCAGCUGGGCUACAAAGAUUACGUGAAGGUGUACGAUGGCUUAGAGGAGAAAGCGGACAGGCUGAUAGAGAAGCUCUCAUAUCGGAAUAACAAGCACUCGGUCAGCCUAGAGUCCUCCAAGGGGCAGAUGACCAUCUUGUACUACGCCUGGUCGAAAAGCACCGGCCACGGGUUCAACGCAACGUACCAGGUCAAAGGGUAUUGCCUUCCAUGGGAGCACCCGUGCGGGGACGAUGAGGAGUGUUACUCUGAUAAGCAGCACUGCGACGGGUGGUGGCAUUGCGCCAACGGCAAGGACGAGGAGAAUUGUCCAGCUUGUCAGAAGAACGAGUACCCCUGCGAGGGGAACAGCGGCUUGUGCUACUCCUUGCUCGACCGGUGCAACAACCAGAAGAACUGCCCCAACGGGUCGGAUGAGAAGAACUGUUUUGUCUGCCAGCCGGGGAACUUCCACUGCGGCACCAACCUCUGCAUUUUUGAGACCUGGCGUUGUGACGGGCAGGAGGAUUGCCAGGAUGGCAGCGAUGAGCACAACUGCUUGGUGAUCGUGCCCCGGAAGGUCAUCACGGCUGCGCUGAUCGGGAGCCUGGUCUGUGGGCUGUUGUUGGUGAUCGCCUUGGGUUGCGCCUUCAAGCUCUACUCACUGAGGAGCAGAGAAUACCGGGCCUUCGAAACCCAGAUGACUCGCCUGGAGGCAGAGUUUGUAAGGCGUGAAGCUCCUCCUUCUUAUGGACAACUGAUUGCACAAGGCCUCAUUCCCCCAGUGGAAGACUUCCCCGUUUAUAAUGCAUCACAGGCUUCCAUGCUGCAGAACAUCCGAACGGCCAUGAGGCGGCAAAUGAGGCGCCAUUCCUCAAGGCGCAGCUCUUCUCGCCAGCGUUUGGGCAGACUCUGGAACAGAUUCUUUCACAGGCCGCGAGCGAGAGGAGGCCAGGUUCCGCUUUUGAAUCCUGCCCGUACCUCCCAGACGGUCCUGGGGGACGGGAUCCUCAACUGUACAGACGGAAUGCCUGCCGAGAGUCUCCCCGCUACUCCUGAAAACGCUUGUGGCCCACCUGGAGGGGUGUCCGAACCCGGGAACAGCCCCUUGGCCUUGGAGGCAGAAGCAGCAGAAGGCCCGUCCGCUGGGGAGAGUGUGCCAAGCCCUUUCCCAGCUGCUCUGCCGGACGCUGAGAGCGAGCACAGCUGCAAGGCCGAAGAAGCCCCCGAGGGCAGACUCGCACAAGCCGGCAAGGCAGAUUCAGGAAGAACUUUUAGGGACCCCUUGCUGGAAAGAGUGACAGAAAUUCAUCAACGGGGCAGGCUGGCAUGUGGCAGGACAGCUGGAGAGGGUAGACCAUCUCAGCGGGAUCAGCCGCUGAGGGAAGAGCCGCAUCACCCAAUGCCCUUAAAAAACUGGGAGUCUGGGUACCCUGAAGGCCACGGAGCCGUCCCUUUUUGGGAGGAACGCCAGCCCAGUGGUGACCCGCACUCGUGUCACGAAGAACCUUUCGGCAUUCACCUGACUUGUUGCCAUUCCAUGCAAGUGCCAAUAGCCCCCUCCCCUCUCCCUGCCCCUGAAGUCAGUCCCAGUGAUGACGAGUCUUUGCUGGUGUGCUAAAGGGUCAUGUUGACACGCAGAAGCCCACCAUAAUCUUGUGUGCACCAUGACCAGACAAAUAGCGCAGGUCCCAUAACCCACAUCCUAACUGCAGUGACACCAUGGUGCACGUCACCUCGCUAGCUCCACCAUGCGCGUGCCGCGGGAGGAUACCCCACCCCACCUACACCUCCCCCUCUCCUUUGUCUCUUUCUUUACAGCAUGUCUAUCUUAGCGAAGAAUAGCUUACAGACAGCUAGGGAGAAAGAGUGUUCAUAGUCUCUCUCUCUCUCUCUCUCUCUCUCUUCUCCUCGUUCAGUUCCAUGAUGCUCUGAGGAUAGAUACAACGGUUAUCUGCCUCUAAAAAAUAAGGAGGAUGACAAGAGGUAGGCUAGAUCUGUUACCAAAGCAACGAGAGAAGAAACAUGGCUUGAGUCCAAAGCAAGCAGGAAGUAUGCAGAACCGUUUCAGACACUUUCCUAAUUCUCCUGGGUAUAAGAAGGGGGCAGGGAAGGUCCAGCAGAAUCAGACUUGCAAAGUUCCGUUACUAUAGCCAGUCUCAAUAAAAAAAUAGUUUUAGCGUUCCCAUGGAGUUGACUCCUUCUCUGGACUACCGGAUGGGUUUGACGCUGCCUGGGUGGCUUCAUGUGAUGUGCAAAAAGCUAUUCAGACCAUUGCUUGGGUUUCGAUGGAGUACUAUGGGUGAAUCAGUUGUGAUUUAUUCAAUAGGCCAUGCUUAAGCCAUGGCUGAAGGUCAGCUUUUCAGUAUUAAGAGCUGGAAGCUUGACAACCCCAGCCUUGCCCCUCUUGGAUCAUUUGACUGCGUAUUUGUGGCUAAUGAGUGGGAUAUGCACAAAGUUUACUGAGGUUGCCCUUUUGCCCCUUGGUUGCUUUGAAUGCAAGGCUGGAUAUGAUACCCUCGAAUAAGUAAGCAUAUCCAUAAGUAAAGAGAAGCCACACAUGGCCCACGUUGACGUGUUUCUUGCUUCCAAGAAAAAGGUCACUCAAGUCUCUCUUUUUUCUAGAUCAUCAGAACUUGAACAGUGUCUUGCUGGAUUGGACCCCUGGUCCAUCUAGUUCAACAGUCUGUUGUCACAUUGACCAGCCAAUUGCCCAGGAAAGUCCACUAAUCUCCUAGCACAGUGAUGGCGAACCUUUUAGAGACCGAGUGCCCAAACUGCAAACUAAAACCCACUUAUUUAUCGCAAAGUGCCAGGGCUGCAUCAGCAGUGUGGUGCCCUCAGGGGCGUGGCC